AUGAGAACAACAGUAAGGAAGAGGAAUAUGAUUGAAGACGCCAGACAAGAUGGUGCUAUGCUUUCCAAACUUCUGGAGUCCCAUUUCAGUCAUACUUGGACUUCCAUUACAGAAGACCUUACGUUUUUGGAUAACUCACUCAGAAGCACUGCCAUCUUCUGUUUCGUCCUCUGGGCUUUAUGGAAGGCCAGAAAUGAAGUCAUCUUUAACGAUAACUGGGCAUCAGUAGUGAAAGUAGUAGAUAAAGCUAUUUCUUUUAGUCAGGAGUUUGAAGCAGUCUCCGAGAAGAUGGAAGAAACGUCUCCUUCCCUAGACACUCAGGAUUGCCCCAUUGAUGUUCCUAGUCAAGUCAAUUUGGAUGAUGCCUCUCGGUUCCACAUUAUUAUUCAAUACGAUGUUGGUACAUCCGCCCAGCAUAAGUUUAGUUCUGUUGCUGGAGUGGCAAAGGACAGCUCUGAUAAAAUCAUGGGGCAAUUCUCAGCCAUCUUCAGGAUUAUUUGGGACCCAGGUAUUAUGGAAUUCCUAGCUCUGCGUGAAGCUAUGAUUUGGAGUCUAAAAAAUAAUUGGAAAAGUGUUCGAUUUGAAGGUGAUGCCAUUCUGGUAUCCCAUUCCAUCAAUUCUGGUAUAUCUUCCUCAAUUGAUAAUGGGAAUAUCUGUCAAGAUAUCUGGCAACUCACAAAAUCCUUCGACAUUAGCAGCUUUUACCACAUCAGUAGAACAACUAAUACAAAAGCUCAUAACCUGGCUCAAGUAGCGAAAGCCCGUUUCGUGAAUUGGGCUAAUCCCGCUCUCUAA